UGCCUACCAUUUUCUCCACAUUGAUGAAAACCAAAAAAGAUGUAAGAGAAAAGGUCAGCUCCUUGUUAAAUAUAUGCAUGGAUACUACACUUCACUUUAAAUGUUGCUGAAAUUUGUUGCCUCUGCUGGACAAUUAAGUUAAUAAGAAGAACUCUUAAAAAGAUCGAAGAAGAAUUGCCUGUUAAUUUAUUUUCCAAAAACUACUUUUUUUUCUACUUGAAAGUUUUUCCUCUGAAAAAUAUAAUUGCCACCCUGGCUAAUCCUAAAUCAGAAUGGCUCUAUGCCUUAAACAAGUUUUUAACAAAGACAAAACAUUUCGCCCUCGUAAGAGAUUUGAGCUGGGCACACAGCGGUUUGAGCUGUACAAGAAAGCCCAGGCUUCCCUCAAAUCAGGACUAGACUUAAAGACAGUGGUCCAGUUGCCCCCAGGGGAGAACAUCAAUGACUGGAUUGCAGUGCACCUCGUGGACUUCUUCAACAGGAUAAACCUCAUUUAUGGGACCAUAUCUGAGUUUUGCACCGAGAAGAGCUGCCCCAUUAUGUCUGGUGGUCUGAAGUAUGAAUACCGAUGGCAGGAUGAUUAUCGAUUCAAGAGACCUACCAAGCUUUCAGCACCCCAUUACAUGUGCAUGCUGAUGGACUGGAUUGAGACACUAAUUAAUAAUGAAAACAUAUUUCCUACUAGAAUAGGUGUUCCUUUCCCCAAGAAUUUCCAGCAGGUCUGCACAAAGAUCCUAACACGCCUAUUCAGGGUUUUCGUUCAUGUUUAUAUCCACCACUUUGACAGCAUCAUCAGUAUUGGUGCUGAAGCUCAUGUCAACACUUGCUACAAGCACUUUUACUACUUCAUCAAUGAAUUCAGUUUGGUUGAUCAAAGAGAAUUAGAACCACUGAAGGAAAUGACGGAAAGGAUUUGCCAUUAAAGAUAAUUCAGACAAUUUUGCAAGAACAACAUUUAUAUGGACAAAGUGUUCUGAUGAUGCUCCAAUGGACAACUCUCUAAGAAUCUGAGGAACUUUCAGUCUUGGAGUAAGCUUCCAAUGCAAUUUAAAUUAAUUUCUGUGGACUUCAGUAAUUUUAUUUCCCUUUCUUUCACUCUGGCCUUGUGAUUCUUGCUACCUUUAUUGUUCUAUUUUGCAUUCAUCCUCCGGAAGCUGCAGGUAGCCCACCUACAGUGGCUGGAAAAUGAGGAAAAUAUUCAAAGUGGAAGAAUGUCACCAUCCUGCAUUGCCUGUCAAAGAACAAAAUAUUUUUCUGAAAUACUAUCUUGUACUUCAAGGAAGCAUGGAUUAUCCUUCAAAAAUGUGACUAAAUCUUUCUAAUAAAUAACUAAAAGUUUAAU